GCCCAUACCCCAACAGGGGCCCGUUUCAGAAAGGAGGUUAAGUGAAAACUCUGAGUAUGAGUUUAGGUUAAAAAAGACUGGUCUAGACCAGUGGUUCCCAACCCUGCACGUUUAGUAUGUCUACUUAAAUCAAACCACCUGAUUCAGGUCAUCAGCUUAUCAGUAGUGACUUCAAGACCUGAAAUUGGUGCGUCAGAGAAAGGAGUCAUGCAAAAUGUGCAGUGUUGGGGUGCCUCCAGGAUCAGUGUUGGGAACCACUGGUCUAGACAAUGGAAAAAUGUUCCUUUUCUUUUCUCUUUUUUUUUCCCCUCACGGUAGGUCAUGUAUGCGGUUGUUACCUUGCAAGACUCAGAUGAGUUGAUGGUGGUACCAUCAAAUUGGUUGAACUCAGACAAGAGACACUGUUACUGGCCUCCAUUCAAAUCCAUAGAGAAGUGUAUGGAAGCUGUUCAGAACAAACUUUACCCUGAAACAGAAGGCAAACCAUGGGAGAAACUACGCAUUAUCUUUCUCGGAGAAUAUGGCACUUUUGAGAAGGCAAAGGAGGGGCUCAAAGAAUAUGAAGAAUGGUCAUAUCCAUUAGAGACUGUAUUACCUGGAAUAAAAAGAGAGGGACUUGAUAGCACUCAAGGAAUGUCAAAUAAUCAGCUACAGCCACUUCCUCCAGAAACACCUGCAUCUCCAUCCAGAAUGUCAGCUGAUGACAAGGUUGAAAUACUUCAAAUGAUGAGAGACGUCAAGAGCAAGGUUCAGCAAAACUCUUCCAUGUUAAAAAAAAUACUCAAAGACAAUACAGUUUCUGAAGCCCCCAGUAUUAUAUGCGUGCCUUCAAAAACCCUAAAACUGCCUCUUAGAACCUUUGAAGAUGUGGACAGGACUGAAAUGGAGCUCAAGAAUGCAACAACACGCAAAAAAUAUGUAAAAUAUUUGUCAAGGCUUGGAGGUUUUAUUCCCAAGGACGUGGUUAAGAAUAUUAUGCAGCAAGUCUUAACAGAUGAUCUGGCUGUGCAGUUCAACUGGGUGGGGAGAGGAGAUAAAAAGGCCUUCUCUCAACUUAUUUUAACAGAUGUGAUCCGAGAUGCUGCAUUAACCCGAAAUGUAAACAGGGGUCACUGUGAAACUGAAAUAAAAAAUUAUCUGAGAUGCGCAGCUGGUCGGAAGAAACUUAGAGAAAAAAAGGAGGUUUUGGGCAUGAAAUUCCAAAUGGAAUUUCUACAUCAAUGACGGACAACCAGCAAGAGAGGGAAAUACCUUGGAACAUUUUUGAAUAAUGAGUUUUUGAUAGGGAUGCACUGAUACUACUUUUUCAUGAACAAGGUCAAUACCAAUAUAUAGUACCGAUCCCUGUAUUUUCAUUUGUUGGCUUUGUUCAUUUAGCAAAUGAUAUAUCCUUCAGUUAUUUUCAUAAUUAUGCUCAUUAAAAUAUAUUCUACA